AUGGCCCAGCUCGACGACGCCAUCGACGCGUCGCUCGCGACCAUGGCGACGCCGCGGAACCUCGCGCUCGCGCGCGCCGCGCCCGCGCGCGGGUCCUCGACGCUGCGCUUCCUCGAGCUCGGCUGCGGCGCGGGCGUCGACGCCGCAGCGCUGGCGGCGGCGGGGGAGCACGUCCUCGUGCUGGCGACGGACGGCGCGGAGCGCAUGUGUUCGCUGACGCGCGACCGCGUCCGCGCCGCCGGCGCGCUGAGCCGCGUCCGCGUGCAGCGCUUCGAGCUCGUCGCCGGCGACUACGGCGCGCUCAAGCGCGGCAUCGGCGGCUUCGACGCCUGCCUGCUGAACGUGGCCAUGAGCUACGUGCCGUGCUGUGUGCCGUGGGCGGACCACGGCGCCGUCUACGCGGGCCUCCGCCGGGUGCUCGAGCCCGCCACGGGGCUGCUCGUGCUCGCGGACUCGGACUUUUCCGAGCGCCUCGAGCCGACGCUCGUCGAGGGCGCGCACCACGAGCGCCGGCCCUUCGCGGACUACGACGCGAACCUCAAGGCCGCGGGCUUCGAGCUCGUCGAGCGGACGACCUACCUCGUCGGCGACGACGCGUUCUUCGCCGGCGUCUGGCGCUGCGCCGCGCCGCCCAACGCCAUGGGCGGCGCGGCGACGAAGCGCAAGGACGCCGCGCCGCCGGAGCCCGCGCCGCCGCCGCUCAGCGACGCCGAGCGGACGCGGCAGCGGCGGCAGACGCUCCAGCAGAACGAGGCGUCGAAGCGCGUGCGGCGGCCGAGCCUGGCGAAGAUCGACUGGACCAACGACGAGAUGGUCGACAUGCAGCAGAAGAUUUUGGAGCAUCCCGCGGAGCUCGAGGACUUUUCGCAGUUCAUGAUGAAGCAGGAGAGCUCGCCCCCCGUCCAGUUCUACCUCGCGAUCUUCGAGUACACGCACAAGUUCGGCUACGAUCCGCCGCCUGCGGACAAACGCGACGCCGCGGUCGCGGAGCGGUUCCCCUUCGUGCAGCAGAUCUACGAGACCUUCGUCAAGGACGGCGCGCCGGAGGUGGGCCUCUCGGAGAAGACGCGGACGACGUUCAUGACGUCCAUGGAGGCCAAGGACGUGAGCGGCGCCGUCUUCUCGCGGGCCAAGGGCGAGGUCAUCGCGAUGCUCGCGCGGAAGCACCUCAAGGACUUCGUCGAGCUCCAGGAGUCCAAGUUCAACGUCGCCGCGGGCGGCGACGGCGCCGUGGAGACGGAGACGAAGGAGGAGUGCGCGCUCGAGGCCCACGGCGCCGCGCUCAUGGUGCCCACGGAGCAGGCCAAGACCCACUUCGCCCAGGACUCGAAGCAGCUCCUCAAGGAGAUCUCGAAGAUCCCCGGCGAGAAGGCGACCAUCGAGGCCGAGGCGAACAAGAUGGCCGACGACAUCGCCAAGAUCCGCCCCGGCGGCCGCGAGCGCAGCGACAGCGUCGCGUCGUCGGUCUUCGAGCAGCACGACGAGAGCUUCGUGCGGAGCACGCGGCGCACGCUGGACAAUUGCCGCGUGAGCGUCGUCGACGUGGGCAUUUUGGUCGCGCUGCUCGGGCUCUGCCUGCUGGGGCAGCUGAGCCCGACGCCCAUCACCUUCGCGGGCUGGAGCACGAUCUUCAUGAUCGGCGUCGCCGUGUUAUUGAUGGCGCGCCACGGGGCGCCGCCGGACGUGACCUUGCUCGCCUGCACGGGCCUGCUCCGCGUCGGCGGCGUGAUCUCGUCGAGCGAGGCGUGGCAGGGCUUCGGCUCGCCGGACAUCAUUUCCAUCGGCGUGCUCUUCGCCGUGGCCAAGGGCCUGCAGGAGGCGGGGACCAUGGAGCUCGUGCUCCGGGCGGCGCUCGGGAGCCCGCGGAGCGUGCCCGUCGCCGUCGUGAGGGUCAUGGCGCCGCUCGUCGUGCUCAGCGCGUUCAUGAACGACAUCUUUUGCGUCAUCGUGUUGAUUCCCGUCGUCGAGACCUGGGCGGCGCGCAUCGACGUCCACCCGCGGCGGCUCAUGCUGCCCGUGGCGUUCGGCGCGCUGCUCGGCGGCAUGUGCACGCUCCUCGGGACGUCGACGAACCUCGUGCUCAACGACCUGAUCAAGAAGGACUACAAAGACGACGCCGCGGCCCUGGCACCCCUCGAGCUCUUCUCCUGCUCCGUCGUCGCCGUGCCCGUGGCGGCCAUCGGGACCCUCUACAUGGCCUUCGCGAUGCGCUCGCUCCUGCCGCCGAAGGACGGCGACGCCGUCGGCCGCGGCGGCAAGCUCGCGGCGCCGCUGCUGGACGACGACGCGCCGGCGCCGCGGGAGUUCCCCUACGUCGUCGAGGUCGAGGUCGACGACGCGGCCGCGGGCGGCGGCCUCGUCGGCGAGCCGCUCGAGCAGACGUCGCUCGUGCGCACGCCGGGCGCGGCGGUGCUCAAGCUCCGGCCCUGGAGCGGCGAGCCCGUGCCGUCCGUGCUCCGGCGCAAGUCGCUGCGCCGGUCGUCGUCGGCGUCGAACGCGAGCGCGGCGGAGGAGCGCAAGGAGGGCGGCGACGAGGAGGCGGGCGAGCUCCCGAAAAACCGCCGGCUCGCCGCGGGCGACGUGCUCGUCGUCGCCUGCGACGGCGACGGCCUCGCGGCGCUCCGGCGCGUGCGCGGCGUGCGCCUGGCGCCGACGACGGGCGACGCCGCGCGGCUCCGGGUCGCGACGCCGGGACGGCGCCACCGGCGGCUGCUCGAGGUCGCGCUCGCGCCGGGGUGCCCCCUCGUCGGCGCGGGCACCGACGACGACGGCGACGCGGCCCUCGUCGCGAGCCGCGAGUACGGCGCCGCGCUCGUCGCCGCGCGCGCGGGCGACGCCGCGCUCCGGCCGGGGAGCCUCGCGCUCCUGGAGGCGCGGCCCGAGAUCCUCGCGGCCCGCGCGGCGGACUUCUCGCUCGCGCGCGUCGUCCCCGACUCGGCGCCGCCGCGCGCGUCGCGGUCCUACGACAGCUUCCGCUGCUGGCUCGCGCUCGCGGUCAUGCUCGCGAUGAUCGCCGCGUUUUCGUUCAACGAGCUCACGCUCCUAGAAGCGAGCCUCCUGGCGACGGGCCUCCUCGUGUUCACGCAGUGCCUCACGAUCGAGCAGGCCUUCGCGGCCAUCAAGGGCCGGGACCUCGUGGCCAUCGUCGCGGCCUACGGCGUCGGCGCGGCGCUGGGGAACACGGGCGUCGCGUCGACGCUCGCGCACCGCAUCUGCGACCUCGGCCAGCGCCUCGGCGCGUCGGGGCUGCUGGCGCUGGUCUACCUCGUCAUCGCCCUGUUAGGGUCCAUCAUGUCGAACCAGGCCGUGGUCAUCCUCUUGUACCCGAUCCUCAAGGAGGUCGCGGGCACGCAGGAUUUGGUGUCCAUGAAGCAGCUCGUGAACGUGCUCGUCAUCGGCUCGUCGUCGUCCUUCCUCACGCCCUUCUCCUACCAGACGAACCUCCUCGUGCAGCACUACUACGAGUUCUCCGACUUCCUCCGCGUCGGCUCGGGCCUGACGCUCCUCCUCACGGUCGCGACGUCCGUCCUCGUCGUCACGCUCGUCGACUAG